AAGUCCAGGAGCAGAGCAUUCUGUUCCUCCUGGAGAGGGUCAAGUUGGGAAGUAUGUUUCAAGUAUUUGUAUUUAACCAUACUACUGAGAGCAUACAGGACAUCCGCUUCAUGAGAAUGUCACCCUGCUGUUUUCAGACAAGUUACCAGAGAUCAGCAUGCCGGAUGGAGGAGCUAGUUUAUCCAUGGUUACUCACUGUUUGAAGAGAGGAGCACAUGGCAGGCUUUGCAGACACAGAGUAUCACAGCCACAGACUGCUGCAGGACUCUUUCACACUCUGAGAGCACUAGCAGUCCAAGGAUCAAUGGAUCUGUAAAGAAAACAUGUUGAAGCCAGUUCAUGGUUUUUUCCUAGACAUGGAUGAUGAGGACCUUUCAACCACCGAAUACCCAAUUGAAGAUGAUAAUGAUGAGGUAUUUAACGUCAGCUUCUGUUCUACUAUUAAGACUCAUACUACAAGUGGCGAAAACAAUUUAGAACAUCCGAGCAAUGAAGCCAGUUUACAAGAUGCACAGAUCAUUUCCAAAUCGUUUACUGAAAAAUUGCAUAACAAAGAAAAUGCUAUUCCUCUUAUUAUUAUGGUUCCCCCAGAAGAGAAUGAUGGAAACCACAGUACACCAUUUCAGUUUGAUAGGCAAGCACCUGCCAGAAUAUCUACCUCCCCAACACUAAGGAGGCUGAGGAAAAACACUGCUGGAAACUUCAUGUCAUUACAGGAAUUUUUUGAUGCCUCUAAGUUCCCAACUCACAAAGAAGAAUAUGUCUUGGACAAUGGAUCUUGUGUGUCUCAAGAUGAAAGUACAAAUGAUCGCUUAGCAGACCCUGCCCUUGACGCUCAUAAUACAGAUGAUGGGAAAUCUUCAGAUCUCAAUGACAAUGGAACUGCUGCAACUGAAACAAAAGGAGAUGCUGAAAUGCUGAGCAGUAGCACCAAGAUUCAGAAGUUUCAUCAGUCACGGCAGUCUGACCGAAGACGCAGCUCUGUGGUCCUGACUAUACCUGGUCUGGAAGUGUUCCCAGGAGAUCUCCUAGUAUCAGAUGGUGCCUCCGAUUAUAUGCAUAAUGCUCCGUGGCUUUCUAAUAAUGAUGCCAAGAAACCAAAAUGGCCUUUCUCUAAGAAGGCAUCAUUUAUCAAAGGAAAACAGAAGCAAAUUUCUGAUUUGGAGAACUGUCUGUCAGCCUUCAAGAUUCCAGAUUUCACAGACUAUGAUUUCUAUAAUAUUAAGGAUAAAACCUGGGAUGAAUUCAGAAAUAUGCAGACUGUUGAGAAUAAGGCGCUUUUUAGCAUAUCAAAUAGAAAAAGACAGGAGUCAGUCUGGGAACUUUUUACCUCAGAAUGUACUUACUUUUUAGAGCAUUUACUGGUUCUUAAAAUGAUAUUUUUUAAUUCACUAAAGUACUUACAGAACAAUGAUCAUCUACUAUAUGUGGAUACGGUCAGGCUCUUUGCCAAUUUGGAAGAAUUGAAUCAGGAAAGUCUGAAUUUUGCCACCAGUCUGUUCAACGCCAUUUUAAGCAGGGAGCUUGGUUGUGAAUCUUCCUGCACCUUAUCACUGGCAGACUUGCUAACACAGUAUUUCAAAGAUAGUCUGUGCUGGACUCAUCAGAUGUACUGCCUCAAUUACACGUCAGCUGUCGUCUACCUGGAGACCUUAAAGCAAAGGGAACAUUUUGCAGCAUAUGUAAAAUGGUGUGAGCAACAUGAGCAGUGCAGACGGCUGCACCUCACCGAUUUGCUGGUGGCACCAUUACACCGACUGACCCGCUAUCCGCUGCUCCUUAAGAACAUAUGGAAGAGAAGCAGCGAUGCAGCAGAGAAGGUAUCCAUCUAUUCUGUGAAGGAGAAAGUGGAAAACUCCAUUAGAGAUCUUGAAGGAAAAGUUAAAUGGUUGAAUAAGUCCCAGAAAUUCAAGCAACUCCAGGAUGUUAUUGUAUGGCCCUACUUAUGGGAGAGAGAUAAAAGAUUCUUCAUACCAGAGGGCCUGAAGCACUGUUUCAAAGAACCCAACGUAGAGAACAUGCUGUCUUCUCCCAACAGACACCUCCUUCAUGAGGGAAGACUCGCCCUGACAGAAAGUACAUAUCUACUUGAUGUAUACCUGCUUUUGUUUGAUGACUUUCUGCUGAUAACAAAAAUUAAAAGACACAAACGGAAAACUUCAACUGUAGAAGUCAGUGCAAUGUACACAUCGUUGCACCCGGAGAUGCAGUCAGUAGUGAAAGAAGGCGGUUACUGCAAAGUUCUAGACCAGCCUAUUCCGCUUGACAGAUUGAGCAUAAAAAGCAUUGAUCACUUCCAUGUUACAGUGCAUAGUAUGAGGCAUGCUUUCCUGAUCCAGCAUGAGAAUCGCUAUCAGCAGUGCAUUGCUGCCUUCAUUCUACAAGCAAGUACUGAAUCUGCUAAGAAAAUGUGGCUCUCACAAAUAGAAACUGCCAUAUCCUGUUACAUGGAGGCUCAUGAAACAAACAGAACAUCGAUAUUUUGCCACCCUGCAGAGUCAGCAGAAAUUUAGCAGUAUUUUGUAUAUAAAAUCUCUACAUUUAAUUUAACCAUUUUGCAUUUCUGUAAUGUCUAUGACUUUUUUAUCUACAAUAUUUGUAACAUGGACUUUG